AUGUCUAAAACAUCUUAGAUACCUAGACAUAUCCGGUAAUGAUGAGAUAACAUCGUUACCUGAUAGUAUUUGUGAUCUCUUGAACUUACAGACUUUGAAACUCAAUCAUUGUUUUAAGCUUGAAAGUUUGCCCAGAAAUACGAAAGACCUUAUUAGUCUGCGACAUCUUUAUUUGGAGAAUUGUAAUAAAUUAAAAUAUAUGCCUAGAGGGAUGGGGCAAUUGAAACAUCUGAAGACGUUAAGCUUGUUUGUGAUAAGCAACAAGGAGAGAUACUGCCAACUAGAUGAAUUAAAAGAUUUGGAUAUCGGUGGAUCUUUGAAAAUUAAGAAUCUUGGAAGUGUUACAGAUGCAUCUAAGGAAAGAAAAGUAAGUAUGGCUAAAAUGAUGAGUAUCAAUGAAUUGGAGUUGGAAUGGAGAACUAACUAUGAAGAUGAUGAUUAUGAGAGCACGAGAAUUAGAGAUGAGAAAAUUGGUGAAGCUCUAGAGGUUUCAACUGCAAGGCUGAAGAAAUUGAAAAUGAGUGGUUACAAAGGUGUGAAUCUCCCUAAAUGGGCGGGAAAGUCAUGUCCCUCCCUAACACGCCUUGAGCUUAAGGGCCUGGUCAAUGUGAAUAUUAUUGCUAUUAGUAGCGAUGACAAUGAAAUGAUAGUACUAUACCCUUUGUUAGAGGAACUUGUUGUUGUUGGCAUGAAGAAAUUGAGGGAAUUGGUGUCACCUAGUUGUACUGGAGCAUUCCCUAAUCUAACCAAGCUGGCGAUAUGGUAUUGCCCAAAGCUAGGGGCCUUGCCACCGCAUCUCAAAUCACUCAAAGAUGUAACUGUCAUUGGUGAAUGUUCGAAUGAAUUGUUAUAUAGCAUCUGGAAUCUUAAUGGUACUCUCACUCAUCUGAAUCUUAAUGAAUUGAAUAAUGAUGUGGAGCACAUAUUUACUGUCAACAACAACAGAAUUGAAGUAGUGUUAUUCCCUUUGUUAGAGGAACUCAAGAUUGGUGGCAUGAAGAAUUUGAGGGAAUUGGUGUGUCCUACUAUUUCUAGUGCCGGAGCAUUCCCUAAUCUAUCCCGUCUGCGUAUAUUUAAAUGCCCAAAGCUAGGGGCCUUGCCACCGCAUCUCAAAUCACUCAAAGAUGUUUAUAUUCAUGGUGAAUGUUCGGAUGAGUUGUUAUAUAGCAUCUCAAAUCUGAGUGCUCUCACUCUUCUGACUCUAAUUGAAUUGGGUGAAAGAAGUGUUUUAUUUGGAGGAGUACGCUCAACUUUCCAAUCUCUUCAAUCCCUGUCUAUUGAGAGAUGCCCCAAGUUAAGGCGUUUGUUUGAUGAGGGAAUGAUAAUGCAAGAGACAUUUAUGAACAGGGGAACAAGAGGUCUCAUCAGCUCUCUCACGGAAUUGAUUACUAAUACAAAGAUUUGUUGCUGCCAGAACAAAGACUUUAUGAACUCUCUCACGGAAUUGAUUAGUAAUACAAAGAUUGGUGACUGCCAGAACAAAGACUUUAUGAACUCUCUCACGGGAUUGGAUAUUCGUAAUUGUCCCGAGUUGAUGAUAUCACUUGAGGAAUUUAGAAACUUCAAUAUUAAUAAUUCACUACGGAGAUUGUAUAUCAGGCGUUGUCCUAAGUUGGUGUUUUCAGAAGAAGCGGACGAUUUUAUGGCACUCCUGCGUUCCCUUCGAAACAGACUUGAUCCUGAGAAUUUCGAUGUAGAUAUCAAAUUAGAAGUGAUAACCUAAAGGAGUAGAAGACUCAACAAACAGGAAGUUCAGAAUCUAUUGGAAAACAAACACGAAGAGCAGAGCAUACUGGCCAUGUAACCAAAUUUGGAAUCUUCUGCUGGUAGAAAGUGCGGAAGUUAUUGUUGAUGCGCCAAACUACAAAUAAUCGUGACAGAUUAAAGCCAAAUAUUGUAUAAAAUGAUUUGAUCUAAUUUUCUUUGCACUUUUAAUUUUUUUUACAUAUUUGAUUUGAUGAUAUAUAUAAUUAGAUCUUUGUUGAU